CUUUUUUCUUCUGCUCGGUGCUCCGUUCUAAAUCGUGCAGAAACUUCCGUCAAAGGUUUUCUUUUCCCUGUAAUACAAAAUCAUGGGUGAUAGUCAGUACUCAUUUUCCCUCACUACUUUCAGUCCUUCGGGCAAGCUAGUCCAGAUCGAGCAUGCUUUGACGGCUGUCGGGUCAGGACAAACAUCUCUCGGAAUCAAAGCUGCUAAUGGCGUGGUGAUUGCUACUGAAAAGAAGCUGCCUUCUAUCUUGGUUGACGAAACAUCUGUUCAGAAAAUUCAAUGUCUUACACCAAACAUUGGAGUCGUUUACAGUGGCAUGGGUCCUGAUUUUCGAGUUUUGGUUCGGAAAAGUAGGAAGCAGGCUGAACAAUAUCACAGAUUGUAUAAGGAGUCAAUUCCAGUAACACAACUUGUAAGGGAAACUGCAGCUGUUAUGCAGGAGUUCACUCAGUCUGGGGGUGUAAGGCCUUUUGGAGUGUCUCUACUUGUUGCUGGAUUUGAUGACAGUGGCCCACAGUUGUAUCAGGUUGAUCCAUCUGGAUCAUAUUUCUCAUGGAAAGCCUCGGCAAUGGGAAAGAAUGUAUCAAAUGCAAAAACAUUUCUUGAGAAAAGAUACACUGAUGAUAUGGAGCUUGAUGAUGCCGUUCACACUGCUAUUUUGACACUGAAGGAGGGAUUUGAAGGGCAAAUCUCAGGGAAAAACAUUGAGAUUGGGAUUAUCGGGACUGACAAAAAAUUCAGAGUGCUAACGCCAGCUGAAAUUGAUGAUUAUUUGGCUGAAGUGGAGUAACUUUCAUUCUAGCCUGGAUGAUCUGCUAAGACGUGUGUCAUAUGUGACCUCUGCUUUUAGACUUCCAUUCGAAUCAUUGUUUUCAGGCUGAAAAUUUUGUCAUUUUCUUGUAUGAAUGCUUAAGUUGUUACAUUUCCUUUCAUUAUUAUUACCGUUUUUAUAAACUCCAGUGUCAUACUUUAAUCUUAGGUGAUGCAGGUUCUGUGCCUCCUUGUGUUUGUAGAGCACUCUAGCUGUGCUACAUCAUCGCCAUCAUGUGGCAUAACAGACUCCUGUAUAUUCUCAUGAUAAGCUGAACUAAUUGGGGCUCUACUUCUAAACCUUUAACUAGUUUUAUCUUUUUAUUAAAAAAAUUGGCUUCAAUGGAGUUAAUCUCAAGGGCGUCUAAUUAGUGAGACUGAGAACUAGAAAGAUUUUGGAAUGUUUUUGGGGAACUCCGCUGUGCUAUGUUUGUGGGAAGAGGGAGUUGUGUUGCUUUGUAAAUUGUAAGAGGUUUGUUAACAACUCCUUUUGUAAAUUGUAAAAGGUUUUAUCAUGAAACAAAACUUGGAGUAACCU